UCUCACUUCACCCCCUCACUAACCUGCUAUAGCCGGUAACAGAUAAAAUCAUCAAUAUAAAAUUCACAAACCCCGUUUCCCGAAGCAACUUCUCAAUUUCAACCUCAUCGAUAUCUCGCUCCCACGAUUACGCAGAUCGUGUUGUGUUUUUUAUCUUAGAUGGCAGACAAUGAAGAAGGAGGGGGAAAGGCUCCUCGUGGGAAUGAUUGGGAGGUUGUAUCUCUCACGGCAUCAACAUAUGCUGCUGCUCCUGGUCCCACUGAAGUUGAGUUGAAGGACGGUGACAAGGAAGAUGUGUAUGCACAGGAUGAAGCUGAGACAUCUCGUGCUUUGUUUAUGUCUGGCCACUUUGUCUUUCCACCCAGUCAGCAUGAAAACUUGCCAGUGCAACCUGACUGUAGUGAGAUUCAUGAUGAAUCUAGAGACGAAGAUAUUUCCUCUGAAGAGACUCGUGAAAAAGCAACCAGGCGUAGUGGAAAGGAUGAAGAAAACUUGACAUUAGCUGGAUUGAAUGUUUCAGAGGAUUUUGAGGGUAUACAAUAUUUUGAUGAGAAAAUCAACAGAUUAUCUGUUCAUGGUAAGCAGUUUGAGGAAGGUACAACUCUUCCAGGUUAUGUUUUGGUUGGAAAACGGGAGGGGGAAAGUAUAUAUGACCCUGCAAAAUACACUAAUUUCCACAGUGAAACAGCUAUUGGGGAUGUUACAUCAUAUGACCAGAGCAUAGUUGAGUCUGAAACUACCGAAUCAAAAGAGCAACUGCCAGUGAACUCUUCCAGAGAUGAUGACAAAUACGACACUUCAGAUCUUCCUUGUGGAGCUUGGUGGAAACGAACAGCUGCUUCCUUAUAUACUCAUGCCAAAGAGGCAAAUACAGUCUGGUCUAUUUUCAUUGCAGCUACAGUUAUGGGCAUUGUAAUGCUUGGCCAUCGCUGGCAGCAACAAAGAGCUCUACAACUUAAGUGGCAAGUCAGUGUAAAUGAUGAGGUGAGGAGCAAGGUGCUUGGUCCCAUAUCUAGACUCAAAGAUGUGAUUGUUGGUGGGCACCGCCGUGGCUCCUUGAUCAGGGGAAGUUCCUCUGGUGAAAGUUGAAGUGAAGGUAGCUCAGUGCAUGUGGCUCCUAUCAUGUGGUACAAAAUGACAUGAUGACAGAAAGUUGAAUGUCAGUUUGAGGCCGAGGAUGAGAAAUGCUGCAGUAGAUAAACGCAGGUUUGGUACUGGAAUUGGUUCCACCUUUCCCUAUUAUGAAUGCCCUUAUCCAAACAUUUUAUAUUGUGAACUUUCUUCAUGUUUGCCUUGAUUUGCAUUGUAUAGCUCUUAUGUUCUUCAACUUGGUAAGUUUUGUAUUCUGAUUAUGUGAAAUUGGCAGUUUAGACACCAAAUAUGAGAUGUAAAUGAGUUGGUUGCUAUAA